AUGAGACAAGCCACAAAGAGGCGCUUGAGUCUCUCGGCCAACUUGAAAAUCGGAGACUGCCCCAAGUGCUGCCAGACCCCAGAAAAGGAGGAAGCGUACAUCCCCUUUGCACAGGAAAAUCUGGUGAAGCAAUGGGGCUCAAUGACCAACAUAGCGGACAGUAAUCAGGAGAGCAACAAGAUUCCAUCCCGGCGGAAUCGAUUUGUCCUCAACCUCAAUGUUGGGGGGAGAUGUUUCCAGAUUGCCUGUAAGGUAGCUGCUAAGUACCCCACCACUAGGAUUGGCCAGCUGGCUAUCUCCAAGAGCCCCACAAAGAAACUGAAACUUUGUGAUGACUAUUCAGUGCUGAAGAAUGAAUACUUCUUCGACCGUGACCCGCUCAUGUUCCACUAUGUCUUCCAUUUCUACCGCAGCGGAGUUUUGUGGAUCAUGGAUGAGCUCUGCCCGGCCAACUUCGUAGAAGAGAUUGAGUACUGGGGCAUCCACAUUAAAUACACGCAGAGGUGUUGCCGCAUCCUCUUUGAAGAGAAACAGGACGAGCUGGCCGACUACCUCAAAGUCCAACGGGAGCUGGAAGCAGAGUUGGAGCCAACCAAAAAGGGGGAACACUUUGAUGGCAAGUGUAUGGGCAAGUUCCGCAAGGCUGUCUGGAACCUGAUCGAGAACCCGUACUCCUCCAUCCCUGCCAAGAUCAUUGCCGUCAUGUCCAGCUUUUUUGUCCUCCUCUCCAUCGUAGGCAUGACGCUGAGCACUGUCGAGGAGAUGCAGCAUACGACCAGCAAGAAGUGCAUGGAGCAACUGGAGGCCAUCUGCGCCAUCUUCUUCACUGUAGAGUAUCUCAUGCGCAUCAUCUCCACCUCCACUCUCCAGCAGUUCCUGCAGGCAGUAUUCAGCGCCAUUGACCUGGUGGCCAUCCUGCCUUUCUACAUCCAGGUCCUCUUUGAGAACCUGAGUGAGGGGGACACCGACUACCACGAGGAGCUGCACAAGAUGCGCAGCGUGGGCAAGCUGGGGAAGGUCCUCAAGCUCAUCAAGCUGAUGCGCAUCUUCCGCAUCCUGAAGCUGGCCCGCCACUCCACGGGUCUGAGGGCCUUCGGCUUCACCAUCCGGCAGUGCUACCAGCAAGUCUGUUGCCUCUUCCUUUUCAUCGCCAUGGGCGUCUUCACCUUCUCUGCCCUGAUGCAUUCAGUGGAACAUGACGUCCCUGGCACUAACUUCACUAGCAUCCCUGAUGCCUGGUGGUGGGCAGCAGUCAGCCUCUCCACCGUGGGCUAUGGGGACACGGUGCCGGACACGGUGCUGGGCAGGAUGGUGGCCUUUGCCUGCAUCUCCUUUGGCAUCAUCCUCAACGGGAUGCCCAUCUCCAUCCUCUACAACAAGUUCUCCGACUAUUACGCCAAACUCAAGUCCCACGAGUACGAGGCCACCAUAUCGCUCAAACUCUCCCGGAAGCUCCACCUGAGGUCAAGAGCUUGGCGGAAGUUCCUGGAGUGCUGCUGUCCAGAGGACUAUCUCUCCUGCCCACCAGCCCCUCAUCCUGGGGCAGCCCACCCCAGUGGCCAGCAUUACUUGCCCCAGUCUGGCCAUCCAGGACACCCUAUUAUCCACCAACCGCGGCACAGUCACCAGUCACUACGUUCUGCUCCUCACUCCCCCUGCCAUGGCUACCACCAGACUGACCACUACCCUUCCCACUACUGCAGUCAUCCUGCACACCUGGAACUUCCUACCCCACUCCUAUCACAAUCCGGCCGUUCCACUCCUCAACCAUCAUCCCACCUGUGGUCACCAGCCAGAAAAUCUGGCCAGUAG